GAAGCUUGGACAUUUGCUCCCGUCCUUGACCUGCGAGUCAUUCGUGGCGACCCACGGCGAGGCAGGACAGCACCUCACGAAGUCAACCAAGCGGUCUUCGAAGGGCCCUUUGUGGCCCGCGUCAUCUCCGGAGCCCCUCGCGGCACGACGCAGGAUCCAACCUGGUCAGAGUCACUACAAUUGACUUUGACCAAAGCGAAGGGUCUCUAUGUCCACGUGGUCCUUUCGGACAACCGCUUCGGGGUUGGUCUGGGCCCGCUGGCAGAACUCGUCAUCACGCUUGGAGAGGUGCUGGACUUGAUGCGUGCUCCAAGCGUAAGCCUGCCACGCUGA